UUCAUCAAAAAAAUACCAAAAAAACAAAGGUAGAGAAAAAAAAGUCCAAUCUUCAAAUUUCUUUUCUUUGUUUUCAAUGAUCCGUCAUGAAUAAAUCCUGGCAGAUUUAGAACGCACCAAGCAAGUGAAGCAGAUCAGAUCUGAAAAGGAUUGGAUUUAUUUCUCAAGCAACUUUCCUCUUGAAAGCUUCGGAUCUAUUACCUCUAUCUAGAAGUGCUUGGUAGAGUGCUGAAGAAAGGCAUUUGGUUCUCAUACUUUGAAUUGUCUUCACCUUGCCUCGUUACGUGCUUAAAAAGUGUUACUCGGCAGAAAACUGAAGAAAAAGCAGUUGGUUGUCACACUUUGGACUAUCUUCACCUUGCUUGAAGUUUGUUCAACUUGAGCUUGUCAAGAAUGGGUUGUGGGUUUUGUGAGUCUGCUCUUUCUAACUGCGUGGGAACACUGCUUGUGGAUUGGGUGGCGAAGCCAGUAGGACGUCAAUUUAAUUACAUUUGCCAUUUUCACCACAAUGUUGAAAAGCUCAAGAAAAGAAAAGAAGAUCUGAAAAAGGCACGGGAUCGGCUGCAACAUGACAUUGAGGAUGCUGAAAGGCAACUUCAAGAAAUUGAAGAUGAUGUCAAAGAUUUGCUAUCACAGGCAGACAUAAUCCUAUCUGAUGAAACUCUGGAAAAUGAAAUGCAACGAAAUAUGAGAUGUUUCAUUUGGUGUCCUAACUGGAGUAGGCGGUAUUGGUUAAGCAAGAAAGCAAUGAAGAACACUCUUGUUAUUGGUGAGCUUAUAGAGAAGAUUAACAAAUUUGGUCAACCUGGACGAGUGGGCUACCGUUCACGUAGUACAAAUCCAACCAUAGAGUUUCUCUCAUCUAAGGAUUUUAUGGUUUUUGAAUCUUCAAAAAAAGCUUUCAAUCCGAUAAUUGAAGCCUUACAGGAUGACAAGGUCAGCAUGAUUGGAUUGUGGGGGAUGCCAGGAGUGGGCAAGACAACCCUAGUCCGUGAAGUUGGAAUUCAUGCCAAAAAAUUAAAUCUGUUUGACAGAGUUGCGAUUGCUACUGUGUCUCAAAAGCCAAACUUUGAAACAAUUCAAGAUGAAAUUGCAAAAGACUUGGAUUUCGAUAUGAAGAAUGCCCAAGGAAGAAGAUCAAUCCAAGAGUUCUGGUCGAAACUGCGGGAACUACAGAAGGAUAAAAGGAUUCUAAUAAUCCUUGAUGAUGUUUGGGCAAAAAUUGACUUGAAGGAGAAGAUAGGAAUUCCAUUUGCCGAGGAUCAUAAAGGCUGCAAAAUUCUUUUAACAACUCGCCGUCAACAUGUAUGUGAUGCUAUGGAAUGUCAAAGGACAAUACCACUUGGUUGUUUAGAAGACAAUGAAGCUCGGGCUUUAUUUAACGCCAAAGCUGGUUUAAACGACUCUUCUGGUGCUUCUAUUAAGGAUGUGGCAACUAAAGUUAUCAAAAAAUGUAAAGGUCUGCCCAUAGCUAUAGUUACACUGGCAAGUGCUCUGAAAGGUAAAAAUCGUCAUGGCUGGGAAGCAGCAUAUCGGAGACUCGAAAACCGUAAAUUGCUUGACAUAGAAGACAUUGAUCAACAAAAUGCUUACCUAUGUUUUGAGGUAAGUUUUGAUUAUCUGAAGAAUAAGGAGACCAAGAUGUGUUUCUUGUUAUGCUCUUUAUUUCCUGAAGAUUAUGAGAUUUAUGUAGAGGAGCUGGUGAGAUAUGCAUGGGGACUAGAGUUGUAUAAAGGUAUGGGCUCGAUUGAAGCAGUGAGGAGCGAAGUGCUUGCUGCGAUGGACAUCCUCAGGAAUUCUUGUUUGUUGUUAAAUUGUGGAGAAAGGCAUGUUAAAAUGCAUGACUUGGUUCGUGACUUUGCUUUGUGGAUAGCAUCAAACAGAACGGAGUUUUCUUUUAUGAUAAAAUCUGAGGUUGUUGAAUUGUGGCCAAAGGAUGAAAGUUUUGAGCCUUACAAAGCAGUCUCCUUCAAGACUAGUCGGAUUGUUGAACUUCCUAAAGGACUGCUAUGCCCAAAUCUCAAAAUUCUUGUACUUGGUGGAGAUAAGAAGAUGACAACUUCAAGUGAAUUCUUUGAAGGAAUGACAGCAUUAAAAGUUUGCGCUUUGAAUUCUAGAUUGAUAUCUCCGGAUGCAUUUCAGUUUCAAACAAACCUUACAACUCUACAUUUGGAAAGUUGCAAACUCUUGGACAUCUCAGUGCUUGGGCAGUUGAAGAAACUUGAAGUUCUUUCAUUUAGUUGCUCUGAUAUCAAAGAAUUGCCAGAAGAAAUAGGUGAUUUGGAUAAUCUUAAAUUGUUGGAUUUAUCAUAUUGUGAACAACUACAGAGAAUCCCUCCUCAGUUAAUACGAAGAUUGUCCCAAUUAGAAGAACUAUACUUGCAUGGUUGUGGAGGAAUAGAAUGGGCCACUGAGAGCACAGUUCAAGAAGAAAGCUUUUCCAGUCUAUCAGAGUUGAAUUCCUUGUCAAACUUGAAAGUAUUAUCUUUAGAGGUUUCUUCUGAACAUGUUCCAAGAGACUUUGUGUUCUGUAAAUUACAAAGGUUUUAUUUAUGUGUUGGCUUUGGCUUUUCUAAUUUUUAUCGAAGGAAGAUGGACUUUGAGAUCUGCCCAUUCUCGAGAUCUUUAAAGAUUGAGGGGUCUGUAAUAGAGGCAUGCAAGCAGUUAUUUGGGGAUACAGAAUCUCUUAAUCUGAAAAAUAUGGUGGGUUACCCAAAUCUUGUUCCAAGCUUGGAGUCGGGCCAAGUGGUAUUCAGUAAGCUGACUUCUCUGGGUAUUGAGAGUUGCGAGCAUAUGAAAUGUCUCAUUGAUACUACAAAGCAGCAGGUGCUAACCAAUGCAAUUCCAAUUCUACAAAGUCUUGAAAGGUUGGAAGUUAAAUCUUGUGAUGAGAUGCAAGUGCUAUUUCAGAUUGCUGAAUUGAGGAGCAUACAACAAGGACCCCGUCGUCAUGUAAGCCUACAAAGUUUGAAGGUUGUAACAAUAUUCAACUGCUACAAAUUGAGACAUCUCUUCCCAACGUAUGUUGCUGAAAGUCUUGGACAACUGGAAGCACUGAACAUAUUCGCAUGCUGGGAAUUGGAAGAAAUAAUUCCCAAAACGGAAGUGUCAAACAUCAAUCUCCAAAGUCUAAGGGAAGUACAUACUGCUGAAUUGAGGAGCAUACAACAAGGACCCAGUCAUCAUGUAAGCUUACAAAGUUUGAAGGUUGUAACAAUAGACAAGUGCAAUAAAUUGAGAUAUCUGUUCCCCACGUCUGUUGCUCAAAGUCUUGGACAACUGGAAGAACUGUGCAUAUCCGAAUGCUUGGAAUUGGAAGAAAUAAUUCCCAAAACGGAAGUGUCAAACAUCAAUCUCCCAAGUCCAAGGGAAGGUUUUAUUGCUGAAGAGAGGAGCAUACAAGAAGGAACCAGUCAUCAUGUAAGCUUACAAAGUUUGAAGCUUGUAAGAAUAGACAACUGCAAUAAAUUGAGAUAUCUCUUCCCCACGUCUGUUGCUCAAAGUCUUGGACAACUGGAAGAACUGCUCAUAUCCGACUGCUUGGAAUUGGAAGAAAUAAUUCCCAAAACGGAAGUGUCAAACAUCAAUCUCCCAAGUCCAAGGGAAGGUUUUAUUGCUGAAUUGAGGAGCAUAGAACAAGGACCCAGUCAUCAUGUAAGCUUACAAAGUUUGAAGGUUGUAAGAAUAGACAACUGCAAUAAAUUGAGACAUCUCUUCCCAACAUCUGUUGCUAAAAGUCUUGGGCAACUGGAAACGCUGAACAUAUCCGAAUGCUUGGAAUUGGAAGAAAUAAUUCCCAAAACGGAAAUUGCUGAAUUGAGAAGCAUACAACAAGGACCCAGUCAUCAUGUAAGCUUACAAAGUUUGAAGGUUGUAACAAUAGUCAACUGCAAUAAAUUGAGAUAUCUCUUCCCAACGUCUGUUGCUAAAAGUCUUGGACAACUGGAAACACUAAACAUAACCGACUGCUUGGAAUUGGAAGAAAUAAUUCCCAAAACGGAAGUGGCAAACAUAAAUCUCCAAAGUCUAAGGGAAGUAUAUGUAAGUGGCUGCAAUAACUUGACAUCUCUUUCCUCAUUGUCGCAUGGUCAAAUUUUGGAGAAAUUGUCAACACUUGGGAUUUGGGAUUGCUCUCGAUUGGAAUAUACUUUUCCAAUCUCAAUGGCUGAAGGUCUUCCGCAGUUGAAUGAGGUUUCAUUGGGAAGAUUGCCUGAAUUAAAAGGAAGGGAUGGGAAUGACAUUGUACUCACGCUGCCAUCUUUACAAGAGUUGUGUGUGGAUGAUUGUCCACAAUUGACUCCUUUUAUCAUUUCGGCUAAAAUACAGGGAGUCCAAUGCGGAAAGUUAAGAUAUAUCUUAUCACCUACCAUCGCUCGGAAUUUGCCACAAUUGAGCUCUUUAUGGAUAUAUGAGUGUGAGAAAUUGGAGCAAAUUAUUGAAAAGGAUGGUCAAACUUCAUCACAAGGUCAUCAUCUCCAACCUAUAUGCCUCCCUAGUCUGACUGGAAUACACAUUUAUUCAUGUGAAAACUUGAAAUGUCUCUUUCCGGUGAGUGUUGCUCAUGGCCUUCCAAAACUAAAAGUUCUACAUGUUGACAACGUCUCCAAAUUAGAACAAGUAUUUGAACAAUCAGGAGAUGAGGCAAAUGGUAGCGAGGAAAAAGAGAAAGUGAUACAGCUACCUCAAUUGGGCACCUUACAUCUUCAAACUUUACCAAACCUUGUGAGCUUCAGCCCUGCGGGUUAUCAUUUCGUAUUCCCAUCUUUGCAAUCUUUAUCUGUAAGAGGUUGUCCCAAUAUAACCACAAGCUUUAGUGUUGAUUCAGAGCAAUCUGGGCAUGCCAAAACAGAGGCAAUCCGAACAAUUGAUGAAGAUAUAGAGGAAGAGUCUACUAGAGCUCAACAAACAACAUGGCCAAUUGGUAGUGAUAUAAGUCUAUAUGUGAAUUUCAGGAGAUGA